UUAAAAAAAAUCGAUUGAUGAAGCCCAAAGAAAUUUUGCUGAAGCCAAUCCAAACCGACAAACAAACAAUAUUAGUUUAUAUUAAAUUAAAGUGCUUUCUUACAAUUUGAAGAUUCCAACAAAGCCAUGGGGGAGAAAUCAACUCCCUUGUUAGCUGUAUUACAGUUGUUACGGAAAUACAAUCUUAAGGGAACUGAAGAAAUACUUAGGAAAGAAGCAAGCUUAGGAGAUGUGGAAUACGAAAAUUUGGAUCUGCCAGAAGUGGAAAUUGCUAGUAUUUUAACUGCUCAUCAAACUGAAAGUGAUCCUCAUAGUUACGAGUUUGCUUACGACAGUCUCAAGAAGUUUGUGGAGAAUUCUCUGGAUGUUUUUAAGCAUGAAUUAUCAACGUUGCUAUAUCCAGUGUUUGUACACAUGUACUUGCUUCUCAUCAUAUAUGACCACAAUGAUCAUGCUGCAAACUUCUUGGAGAAGUUUGCCCAAGAACAAGAAGAUUAUUACCAAGAUGACUUGAAAAAGCUUUCCAUUGUUAAGAACAAAGAUCAAGUAAAGGGUAAUGAAAUUGCAGAAAUAUACAGUGCUAACAAAUUCACUGUGCAAUUGUCACGUGAUGCCUCAUCUCAAUUGAAACGUUACCUGCAUGAACAGAAAAAUUCUACAGUUAUUAUAAACAUCAUAAAUAACCACAUUCAAAUCGAGAUUCAUGAUGGGCCUGGUAGGACUCAAGCUCAAGUACGCGCCACUGCUGGUGCAUUACUUGGAGAAGCUGCUAAGAAUGAAAAUCGCGCUAAAGUUUUUUAUGGACUCUUAAAGGAACCUGACAUACACGUACUGCCAGCUCCUGUGGAGGACGAAGAGGAAGCUGAGGAAACCCCGGACAAGCCGAAAAAGAAAAAGGCUAAAAAAGAUAACAUAUUUAUCAAAAAACCAAAAUCUGAUCCAAAUGCACCUCCCAAUGAUAGAAUUCCCUUACCUGAAUUGAAAGAAACUGAUAAACUGGAAAAGGGUAAAGCCCUAAGAGAAGCAUCUAAAAGAGUGCAAUUGGGCCCUGAAAGUCUCCCUUCUAUUUGUUUCUAUACCUUGUUGAAUAGCGGACACUCUGCGAUAUCCGCUGACAUCUGUGACGAUUCAACAUUAUUGGCUGUGGGGUUUAGUAAUUCGACAAUAAAGGUGUGGACACUAACGCCAGUAAAACUUCGUGGCAUGAAGUCUGCAGAAAAGUUGCAGGAUAUUGAUAGAGAAGCUGGUGACGUCCUUGUAAGAAUGAUGGAAGAAAGAGACAGAGAUACCUGUCGCACUUUGUAUGGUCAUGCUGGCCCAGUAUACAAAGUAGGAUUUGAUCCAUUUAAAACAUUGCUUCUAUCUUGCUCUGAGGAUGCAACUGUACGUUUGUGGUCUUUACAAUGCUGGACAUGCUUAGUGGUGUUUCGCGGCCACCAGUGGCCCGUGUGGGACGUGAGAUGGUCCCCGCACGGCCACUACUUCGUGACGAGCGGGCACGACCGCACCGCCCGCCUCUGGGCUACCGACCACCAUCAACCUCUCAGGAUCUUCUCCGGUCAUUUGUCUGAUGUUGAUUGCGUGCAGUUUCAUCCAAACUCGAAUUACGUUGCUACUGGUUCCAGUGAUAGGACUGUUCGCCUGUGGGAUUGUUCCAUGGGAUCUCAAGUUCGCAUUAUGACGGGGCAUAAAUCAACAAUAUACUCUAUCGCGUUUUCUGUUUGCGGAAGAUGGUUAGCGUCUGGUGGAAGUGGGGGCGAACUGAUGGUUUGGGAUCUAUCUACCGGAACCCCAGCUGCAUUAAUCCCUCCAUCCCAUACUGGUCCCAUUCAUGCAUUGGCUUUUAGUCGUGAUGGAACUAUCCUAUCCUCUGGUGCCUUGGACUGUAACAUCAAGCUGUGGGAUUUCACUGCUAUAACUGAAGAAGUAACUGCCGAGGAAGCAGGAAAUAGCAAUGGAGUGCAAAAAGAAGAAAAGUUUUUGUUGAGAUCAUUUGCUACAAAGAAUUCUCCCAUAAAAUGUUUACAUUUUACUCGUCGUAAUCUGCUGUUAGCUGUAGGAACAUAUGAAGGAAGUUCUUAAUUAGGUACUUAGUUAAGGUUAAAUGAAUUAAAUAAUUUAAAUAAAAGUUCAUCAUAUUACUUAUCAAUAA